CACUCUCACGUUUCUCGCGUUCCCACAAAUUUCGCCUUACGAUAUUUCAUCUCCAUCCCCAGGCCGUCAUUCCGUCUUAGCUCGUGCUCCCCUCGACUUCUCAUCCUGCUGUACAUCAAGCUUUCGCACGCAAGGACUACUAACUGCUAGCCUUGCGACUAGCAUCGGGCCAGUCCUGGAAAGAGUUCGUCCAAUCUGACAAUACAUGCAGAACAUACUCUAGCGCUCGGCCGAAGCAAGCGAGAAACACUCGAGCGUCAGGUCUAGAACGCAGCCAUCAAGGCUAGCAUCGCUGACGGGCAGCAAGACUAGCAUCGUAGACGAACAGCAAGACAAUCCUCACAAUGUCGGAAGACGACUACCACUUCCAAAUGCGGGACUCGCCCUUACACUCGCGAGCGGCAUCCCUCCAUUCCAACUGGACGUCUGCUCAACCAAUGAUGCAGGACACCGGUCCUUAUCAAGCAUCCGAGUUUGGGGACUCCACCAGACAGUUGGUGCAUCUCAACAAUGCUUACGAUCAGCGAUACCAUGAUCCUGCUCCAUCUCCUACGCGGAAUUCGUUCAUGUCGAUCGACUCGCCGACUCGUCAAGCGUUUCUACAGAAGUCGCAACCGUCUUCAGGUCCUCCGCCAAACUCGUACCCGAACCACAGCUUCUCUCUCGCUAUGCCUGCCCACGUGGCCAGAGAUUCAAACCACCAAUCGACAUCCUCUCCGCUCGGCUACAAAGAAGACUACGACCACUCCUCUCACGACUCACUCCAACCUCAAAAUGCCAGUCCGCCACCUCCAGGUCCUCCAGGCGGCCCUCCUCCUGACGGUGGCCUCACAGCCUGGCUGCAAGUCCUCGGUGGCUUCUUUCUCUUCUUCAACACCUGGGGCUUGAUCAAUGCUUUUGGCACCUUUCAAACCUACUACAAAACCUCUCUCCUCCCCACAACCUCCAACUCCACCAUCGCCUGGAUAGGAACCCUAACCUCCUUCCUCCUCUGCGCCUCCCCCAUCCUCCUCGGACCCAUCUUCGACACCGGCUCCCCCCGCCUCCUCGUCCUCUCCGGCUCCAUCUCCGUCGUCAUCGGCAUCAUGAUGACCUCCCUCUGCACGCACUACUACCAGCUCAUGCUCGCCCAAGGAAUCUGCUGCGGUCUCGGCGGCGGCUGCCUCUUCAUAACCGCCACCUCCAUCCUUCCCUCCUACUUCACCACCAAACGCGCCCUCGUCAUGGGCAUCGCCGCAUCCGGAGCCUCUUGCGGGGGGAUCAUCUACCCCUUGAUCUUCACCUACACCCAACCCACCCUCGGCUUCCCCUGGGCCGUCCGCAUCAUCGGCCUCAUCGCAACCUGCACCCUCCUCAUCCCCAUCGUCGUCAUCCGUCCUCGUCCUCGCCCCUCCCCCCUGCGACCCCACACCUUCUCCACCUACCUCUCCACCAUCCACUCCAUCCUCACCACCUCCUCCCUCCCCUUCAACCUCCUCAACCUCGCCACCUUCUUCGGCUUCGUCGGGCAAUACAUCCCCUACUUCUUCAUCUCCCAAUUCGCCACGUCCCACAACCUCUCCUUCCACCAACACCUCCUCCUCCUCCUCAACCUCGGCUCCAUCCCCGGCCGCAUCCUCCCCUCCCUGCUCGCCGAUCGCCAUUUCCACCCGCUCACCAUCCUAACCCUCACCACCACCUGCGCCACCAUCCUCGCCUUCUCCUGGAUCGCAAUCCGCACUUCCACACCCGGCUUGAUCGCCUGGUGUCUCCUCUACGGCUUCUUCUCCGGGGCGUUUGUGUCCCUGCAAGGCGCUGCCGUGGCGUCCAUGACGACCGAUAUGAAGACGAUAGGCACGCGGUUCGGGGUGAAUAUGUUUGCGGGCGCGUUGGGGAUUCUGAUCGGGAGUCCCGUGGGAGGGGCGAUUUUUCCGACGAGUUGGGCGGGAGCGCAGGUUUUUACGGGGGGGUGUUUGGCGUGUGCGACGGUUUUUGUG